AAAACGCGCGAGGGCGAAAGCGAGCUGUUCGUGGGGGGGCGAAAGCCGGAGUUGAGCGGGAAGUCUUUCCACGCGUGGGUCUUCCUAUUUCUGCAGCAUGUGGUCUGGUCACGGAGGUUAUGACAGCAAUUAUGGCAAUAUUAGCUAUACACAGUCGCCUGGAGGAUUUACAUCGCCGUCUGCAACCCAAAGCGAAAAGAAAUCAAGGUCAAGAGCUCAGAAUAUCGUUCCCUGUACAGUAUCACAACUAUUUUCAGCCGAACAAGUGGACGAUGUUUUCAGGGUCCGUGAAGUUGAACUUUCACAGGUUAUUAUUGUGGGCAUAAUCAGGCAUGCUGAAAAAGCUCCAACAAAUAUUCUCUACAAAGUGGAUGACAUGACUGCAGCCCCGAUGGAUGUGAGACAGUGGGUCGACACGGAUGAGGAGGGUAGUGAAAAUGUGGUCGUUCCACCAGGAACCUAUGUGAAAGUAGCUGGUCAUUUGCGAUCUUUCCAGAACAAGAAGAGCUUGGUUGCAUUCAAGAUUAUGCCCCUGGAAGAUAUGAAUGAAUUUACUACACAUCUGCUUGAAGUUGUCAAUGCACACAUGAUCCUCAGAAAAAGCAACACGGCCCAAUCUUCAAAAAUGCCUCAGCCCUUUGGUGUAUUUGAGACGAGCAGUAUGUCAAAUGUAGGAGGAAAUGAUACUUUAACAAUGCAUGGUCUCACACCGCACCAGAGUCAGGUUUUGAAUUUGAUUAAAAGCUGCAUGACAACCGAAGGGAUAAGUCUUCAUGAUCUGAAAUCUCAGUUGCAUAAUAUUAAUCUACAAACGCUCAAGAAAGCUGUUGAGUUUCUUAGCAGCGAGGGACAUAUAUACUCCACUAUUGAUGAUGAACAUUUCAAGUCUACAGAUGCUGACUAAGGUCUGAUUGAUUUAUAAUAAUCUGGGUCCAAAGUUUUAACAGAUCCAAGACUGUUUUGCCUGAUUUAAGUCUCUAAGUACUCUUGAUGGUGACACAUAAGACUGAACGGGACAUGAGGACAUGUCUAGAACAGAUGCCACCAUCCAGCUGUUUUGUGGGGAAGGGGUGGCCAUGGUUUCUUAGCUUUUGUGCCUAUUUCUGUAAAUGGAAUCAUCCUUUAAAAAAGUAUUUUUUUACUGAUAUAGCAAUAGUUUAUUCGCAGUAGAUAUUCAAUCUAGGAUGCUUUGCAUUUCACAAAAACUUUGGAAUGUGAAAACGUUUUAACUUUGCUCCAGAUAAAUAUUAUACUAUGCAAUUUUGUACACCUGAAGCCCCCAUAACUUUGUAAAUCACAUUAUGCAUCCUUGUACAAUAUUGGAGUUUGCCUAACUCAGAAAUCCUACUUACAUACAUAAUUAUGUAAUUUAAUUUGGGGAUAGAUUAUUUCACUGCAAAUGGUAGGUUAAGAUUUAUUCUUAGUUUAACAGUUUUAAAUUCAGGAGCAGAAUUAACACAUAUCCUGGAAUCUGACUUGAUUAUUCGUACAGUAAUUAUAGAUAACAAGCAUGUACAGAGACAUUAAUGUAGUUUACGUACUCAAAUUCUGGCUGAGAAUGUAAACAUUUGUGAAAGUUAAGAUGACAAUGUUGACAUUUAAUGCAUGUAAAAAAUAUAAUAAAAGCUUGCUGUUCUGAAAAUA